AAUUAUAAUAUUCUAUUUAUUUAAAUUUUACUUACUAUUAGAUUUUACUUACUGUCAACCUUAUUUUAACGAAAAAAAAGAAUGGUAUAAAUGAUGAUAUCCGUUACAAAAAAAUUGUUAAAGCUGAACGUAUCUUAAGAAAGUGCAAGAGAGCGCAAUGUGCGAAUACAAAUUGACUUUAACACCAACAAGAAAUUUUUUGCAAUACAAAAAUUAAUCUUUAGAGGCUCCUUUACAAUACGUUGAUGAUUAGAUCAAAUAGUUCGAUGAAUAAAUUGACGAAAAAUUGGGACAAGAUUUGUUAAGUAUCUUGUAAAUUCGGUAAUCGCGCGAUGCGCCGAAUGUAAGUUUCGUUAAACGAAAUUUAGCAUUACAUAUUUCAUUGUUAUUAGGUUUGUUAAAUUUGAGGAUGCGAAAAUGGUCGCUGAAUUUUAGUUGCGAGAAAAAAAUCAUUUAUUCUCAAUCGGGAAAAUUAAACAGUCGCAUUUCUCGAAUGCUCGAACGAGUUUUUUCUCGAUUGUUAAUUUCGAAUGAGCUUUGUCAAGUAUAUCAAUGUGAGAGAUGAUAUACGUAUAGGACUCCGGUUUCGCUUAAUUGGUCGUUAAGCGACGCUUAAAUCGGUGUUAGAUUGGCGCUAGUCAAUCCGGCACGCGAGUCAACGAUACGCAAAUAAGCGAUUCGUUAAGCGAUUAUAAACAAAAGAAUCAACAGUAGAUAUAGUAGAGCGUGAAACAACUUCAAAGGGGUAAUACUACCGUUGUUCCGUUAAUUGUUUCUAUAGAUUUUAUUGCAUCGCGACCGCGUCGAGUCAUCCGCGAUCGGGAAGCAAGCACAAAAAGGUAAUCGCUCCUUAAUCGCGGAAAUUAUUAAUUUAUUGCUAUUCUCAAUAAAAGAAACAACGCGCGCUGCAAUGUCAACUUAUGUCACUAAUUUCGUUCAACUAUAUAUGAUAAUUAUGUUUGAGAUUAAAAUCUAUUGAUACCCGAUUGAUAAUCUUGAUGUUGAUAAUCUUAAACUCGAUAAAACGAUAAAAAAAUAAAUUUUAGAAACUCGAAAUUUUCUUUGUUAGAUUACUUUACGUGAUUUUUCUAGAUACACGAUUUGUUAUGAAAUAAAAAAUAAUUGUAAAAAUGAUUACAAUAAUAAAUCAGAAGAAUAAAUAUAUUAGUUAUAUAAAUCGCGUCAAAAUUCUAUAAACUCACUUUCAUUCUAAACGAGAAAUUGAAGAUUUAUAGAAUGUGACAUAUAAAAUAGAGAAAGAUAUAUUGAUUUUUCAUUGUAUGUUGAAGCUGCGCGUUUGUUCGAAAAUAUAAUCGUCGAUCACCUAUGCGAAAUAGAUCAAGGAAUCGAUAGAAUUCAUAGAUAGCACUUUGGAGGAGAUUUUCUCCGUAUCUCGGAAACGAGCGAUCGAUCUAGACCAUGAGAUUUCGAUCGGCUGAUUUAGUCAAUUAGAUAAUCCUUCCGAAUAUUUCUCAUAGGUGGAUCUGGACGGACCGCGAAUAAGCCCCGGAUUAGAGAAAGAUAAAAAAAAAAUAUAUAUAUAUAUAGAUAAAUAUACAUAUAUAUGUAGAGUAUAUGUCAAAUGUACACAAGCACGCACGUAGUAAUAUCGAUCGCUUUUGAAGGAUCGAUCGCGCGAGAGAGCGCACGCGACGCGGCCGCGGCUACUCUAGCCAGGACUAUUUUUCUAAGUUGCAAAGUAUAAUAAAUUAACGACGUUGCAUUAUCGUUACUAGAGUAUAUUAUAAUGUAUAUUGAUAUUUUAACUAGGCGAGAUAAGUAUGAGAUAAUGUUACGAGCGCGAGAGUAAUAUAACGAGACUAUAUAUCAUAAUUAUUAUCAUAAUGAUUAUCGCGCAGCCGAUAAUCGAUAAUUAACGGCGGUUCGCACGUGUGGUCGGUGCGCGUGUGACGCGCGCGACGCAUUUAAUUAGUCGAAUGCGUUAAUCGCGAGAUGAAUCGACGAAGCGCGGAACGGAACGGAAUCGAAGAAUCGCAAUGGGAAUAAAAUGACGGGAGGAGAAUGCUAUUAAUUUCGAGUGAUUUCGUCGAUUCGCGAGAGAUAAGCGAAAAGAAGGAACGAGAGAGAGAGAGAGACCGAUAGUAGCAGAAUGAAUGGAUAACUAUAAGAGUGAGUGUAUGAAUAUACGAGUGUGAAUGAGCGAGGUAGGGAGCAAUGAAUAAGCAUGUAUCGUUCUUCGGCCGCGGAGAGUAAUAAGAGAAAUAAUGAAUCGUUCUGUCAGUCACCUCACACCUAUAUUAUACAAUAUCAUAAUAAUAUGCUGCCAUACGAUAUAAAUAUAUGUCUACGGUAAGGAGUAUAUUAAUAAAACAUUACAAAUAAAUAUGUUAUAAGUAAUCAUCUGGAAUGCGUGCCUGUGUUUCCUUCAUAAUCGAUUCUCAGUACAAAAUACAAAAUACAAAAUCUAAUGGAAAACGUAAGUUAUAAUUGCACAAUUAAUUUAUGUAUACUAUGUGUUUAUAGUUUACAUGUACAAUUAUGACGAAAAAAUUAUUGAUCUUAAUAUAUUACGGUAAAAGAGAGAGGUAAAAUUAAUAUAGAGUACAACUAAUCAGUGUUUAUAAAUUAAUAGUUUCUCUUAAUAUUACAAAAAAUAAAGAAAACUGAACAAACAAUAUUAAAAAAUCUCUAGUUUACGUAUUUAUUAAUAACUUAUAUACGUGUAUGUACACGGUGCAUUAUUUAAAGAAUUGAAGUAUUUGAUGGUCGAUUCUGUUAAAUAGCUGUUUUAUAUCUAUCGUACAAACAAUUGUUUUUGGAAAAAAUAAGAAUUAUUUUAUAACAUUAUUUUAGAUUGAUGCAAAAACGAGAAACAGAAAUGAAAAAAAACGCGCGCGCGCGCGUUUGGGGGAAAGAUAUUCAUCAUUUACUACUAAUUCAACUUACAUAAUUUAAUUGAAUACGAUUGCAUGAUUGCAAAACUCAUUCGACCAGUUUACACAAAAAUUAAAUGAAAGAAAUGGCCUUUACGUUGUAGAAAUUAAAUUAGUUUCCGCGUCGUACCAAGUAUGCAUACGUUUUCUAAAAUUAUUUAAAAGAUCAUGUGUUUUCAUAAUUCAUACAGAUUACAUGUUAAUUACAUGAGUUUAUACACGUGUGACAAAAUAUUCACGUAAAACAGAUGCAUAUAUUCUCAAUAUAUUUACACCAACUUCUUUUAUGUAAAUGGACAAUGUUUUCUAUAUGUCUGAUGUAGGAUAUUUUGCGAGAAAACACGUAGCAUAAUUCACUUUGUGAAAGCGAUGCAUUGACACGUGCUCAACUCUGCGUACGCAAUUUCUGCUGUUUGCACUGGAGGACGGUAUGACACAGUUACAUCAUGUUAAGGUGAACGUCGUAGUUAUUCGCAACGAAAGCGUACCGACGUACUAACAUCGUUGACAAAUAUUAAUGAAAAGAGCCGAUUAUCAAUCAAGCAUUAUCGAUCGAUAGAGAUAUACGUUUAGAUUCAUUUUGGACUCGGCACGUUCAUAAAAAAAAAAAAUAAUUAUAAAGUAAAUAAAAAGAUAUUCUACUUUUUGUCAUUGUAUUAUGAAACUCUUUCUCAAUCUCUCUCUUCUAAUAGUUUUUAUAUGAUAUUUCUACAUUAGCAAAAAAAAAAAGAGAACGCUAAACAAAGUUCGAUGUAAAAGAGUAUGAAAAUGAGAAGAAAUAAAAAGAUGAACAAUUCGGAAGGAUUUUCGUUGUCGGUGUGAGAGCGAAACUUAGGCAAAUGUUGGAGCAGUUAGGCUCUGGCAAGCGGAAAAGCGGUUGCGCAAAAAGAAGGCCGCUAAUAGAAGGUACGCUUUCUAUAACUGGAUAAAGCCCGCCUCUGGGUGAGUCUGACGGCAAAGAAAAACAAAAAGCGCGUCUCGUCGAUCGCAACAUAAACGCGAAGCAUUUCGACGAGGGAAGAAGAGAAACAAUAAGAAGAAUAAAAAAUAAAAAGUUUGGGAGAAAGUGGGGAGGCGGGAGGAGAAGAAUGCAACGACCUGUACGAAGGACACAAGGCUUCGACGAUCCAGUGACAAGAUGCAGUCAGUCAACAUUCAUCACGUUCUUUUUGCCUUACUGAUAAUCGCUGUUACUACAUCAAUUGCUGGAAAAUUGCAAUCUGUAAAACUUCGCGCGGCACGAAAUCGCUCAAUGCUGAGACGGAUUGCCAUCUUUCGCGAGGAAAAAUCUAAAGUUUGCUACGAUUUAGUUGGUUGCUUCACGGAUCCGCCGCAACAUUUAUCGAUAAAACGACCGCCUGAACAUCCUAGUGUGAUUCAAACUAGAUUCUUUCUCUAUACACGUGUAGAUCGACAAAAUCCAGAACCCUUACAGUACGGUGACGACUUGAGAUCCAUUGUACAUUCCCGUUUCAAUGUCACUAAGCAUCUCAAAGUGUUGAUACAUGGUUACAAGGGCAGUGGGAGUGAUAUCGGCGCCAUACGUGGCGUUAAUCUGCUUCUCGAUACAGAGGACGCAAAUGUCGUCAUCUUGGAUUGGACGAGGGGAGCAGGCACUACUUACGCAGCUGCAGUGGCAAAUAGCGAACUGGUUGGCCGACAAUUAGCUUUGAUUCUUUUGGAUACUAUUAAUUUGGGAAUCAAUCCUAUCGACAUCCAUAUGAUCGGUUUCAGUCUUGGCGCGCAUGUGGCCGGCUGCGCCUCGGAAGUAUUAAAGAGAAAGAACCUGCUUUUAGGUCGCAUAACAGGUCUCGAUCCAGCGUCACCAUUCUUCAGGCAUCAUCUGUUCCGAGAGAAGUCGAGAAAAUUGGAUGCCACUGACGCUCAUCUCGUUGAUGUCAUUCACACCGACGGUUCCCAAGAUUUCGCAGAUGGCUUUGGUCUACUUAAGCCGAUCGGACAUAUCGAUUUCUUUCCCAAUGGCGGCAAAGAGCAACCCGGUUGUACAGAUGUUAAGAAUUCGGUGGUUGUCAGCCAUUUAAAAGAGGAGCUAUUGGAUCGCGACAUAGCAUGUAGUCAUUUAAGAGCUUGGCAGCUCUUUAUAGAGAGCAUCCAUUCGCAGAAUAAAAAGUGUAAAUUCAUGGCGUGGCCCUGUCCACAAGGAGGUAUAUCUUAUGCAAAGGGAAUAUGUUUCCCUAUGGAAUCGACCGAUUGGAACCAAGAAAUGGGUUACGCGGCUAAUCGUGGACCCUUGGGAAUCUAUUAUCUAUCAACCAGAGCCGAAACACCAUUUUGCGGCCAGCCACUCAGAGCAUCAGUGAUGAUGUCCGAAGAUAUGCCGAAAACAUCUGGCAUAUUGUUUUUCAAAAUUUUCCUCGGUAAUUCUACCACAAUCUUUAAGAUACACUGCACCUUGUCGAAACAAAGAAACGAACGAAUAAUGUUUUAUAAUAUUGCGGCGGCGGAAAUCGAUACUUUAUUUGAAGAUACUCCAACAAUCACCGGCAUCGUCUCAUAUCAACGGAACAAUAAUAAAACAGAGGGAGAUAGUACAUCAAAUCCAGAGACGGACGUAAUACUUUUUAAUAAACUUACCAUCGAAGAUCGUAAAGGCCAUAGGUGGGAAUAUUGCAGAACGAAUACCGCAAUCAAUUCGCACGAGAUGAAUGAAAUAUUGUACGUAGAAUUGAAAAAUGGACAUUGUACACCGUUGUAAUGCAAUUUUAAUGUGACAAUUUUUUAUUUGAAUAAACGAGGUAUUCG